CGGUAGUUUUUUAGUGUUAUACAAAAAAAAAAGAUAUUUUAGUCGCAUAAACAUAUCUAAAAUAAAGAAGUUUCAAAAAAUUUCACUAUACGAGAGAAAUAGAAAGAGAUGGCAAAGAAAAAAUAUUCGAAAUAUUUGGGACUUGUGUUCUUGCUUCUUUUGUGUAGUGUGGUCUCAUGCUCUAACCAACGUGCUCUAAUUGUGUCUACACAAGAGCCAAGUUCAUUAUCAGCGUGGAAAAGGAAGUUGAUACCAGUACGGUCAUCAAGAAGUCCACGAAGUCCUUCGUUUUUACCACCAACGCCACGACGGCGGCCACCGCCACCACCACGACGGCCGCCUCCACCACCACGACGGUCGUCGCCGCCGCCACCGCCGCCACCGUCAUUGGGAAGAGACUUAUAAGCCAAGUGGAGAUAUUUAAUAGUGGACAUGGUGGUUGUCACAUUCCUCUCCUAGUCUCCUCCUUACUUCUUGGCCAGUAGACAAACUUAUGUAAUAAUUCACCAAAAUUAAGACAUGUUAAUGUAUAAUUUGCAAUAUAUGUUGUUCCAAGUAA